AGCACCAUUUUGUACCCUAUUCGUUGAUGUACUUUUGAGGUCGGUAUAUCUAGCCUUGAACUACUCAGCUGGGCUGAUUUACCCUAGCUGGCUGAGGGUGUUGUUAUUAUUGUGAACCCUGCAUGAGGGCGCAGUUGUGAGUCUGGGAAACACCCUCAGUGACGGAGUCGAGCGCCUUGUGGAGGGAGGAGAGAGCGCGAGAAAGAGGGACACAGAUGGAGAUGGAGGUGGAUGUGAUUAGAAUGCUUAUAAGCUGAAACAAUAUGUGAAAACAUUUUGAAUAUCUCUCUUAUUUUCUUGCUCUGCGGUAGUUUAAGAUAUUUUCCUUGCAUUCUUACAUUACUAAAAAUCCGGAAGGGCUAAAUACAGUUAAGUGAAGAUGAUGGUGUAUCGUUAUUGAAGCGAUAGGAUGCUGAGGCGACAGACGUAUGGCUGAAUUUAAGCAAGCUAGUCCGCCGUAUGUUGAAAAGAAAGGCCAAUAUAGGUGGUGUGAAUGAAAGAAGAGGGCUUCUCUCUUGGAUGGACAUGUUUUGAGAGGUGUGGUGGAGGGAUGAAGGCGGUGUUGGCAUCCAGACGGCAGCGGCUCUUCUAUCGGCUCUUCAUAUGUGCUGUCGGGCUCAUCGCCGUCACCUGCUUCGCUCAAAUUCUUCAUGUAACAGCUCAUUCCAAAGAGAAUUCGGACCUGACCUGGGCUCGACGUAAACUAACCCAGCAGAUCGUCGAGGAGAACCAGACAUCCAGUACACCCAGAGCUGCUAUCCAUGAAUUUCCAGAGGACAUUUUCACUAAGGAACAGAGGCGGCAUGGGGCAAUUCUACUGCAUGUGUUUUGUGCAGUUUACAUGUUCUAUGCCCUUGCUAUUGUCUGCGAUGUCUACUUUGUGCCCUCUCUGGAAAAAAUCUGUGAGAAUCUUCACCUCAGUGAGGAUGUUGCAGGUGCCACUUUCAUGGCAGCAGGCAGCUCCGCCCCUGAGCUUUUCACAUCUUUGAUUGGUGUGUUCAUCACCAAGGGAGACCUGGGGGUGGGAACUAUUGUGGGAUCAGCAGUCUUCAACAUCCUUGUCAUCAUCGGAGUCUGUGGAAUAUUUGCCGGACAGACCAUCACUCUGACCUGGUGGCCGCUAUUCCGUGACUCCAUCUACUACAUCCUCUCUGUGUUGGCAUUGAUUCUGAUCAUAUAUGAUGAAAAAGUAAUUUGGUGGGAGACUAUAAUCCUCAUAUCAAUGUAUGGAGUUUACAUCCUUAUCAUGAAGUUUAACAGUCAGAUUUGGGGCUGGGUCGAGCAGAGGUUUGGUAUCCCAGGUCAGCCGUGUUUGGUGAGCAGUCUGCGCAGAGAUGUGUCGGUAGGAGAGGCAAGCCCACACUGUGACACCUCCAUGAUCCUCUUGAAGAAAGGUCAGAAUGCGGGUGGCCAGGACUCCCCGGUGGUGAUGGUGGAUGAGUUGAUGAGCCUACACCCUCACCAGUUCUCUUUCUCAGAGGCAAGCCUCCGUGUCAUGAUCACGCCUCACUUCUCCCCCCGCACUCGCCUCAGCAUGGCCGGACGCAUGCUCAUCACUGAGAGGCAGAGACUGAUUAGAAAUAGGAGCCCUGGAGACAGCAGUGGGAGCGGAGCAGGGGACACUCCUGGCCAAGAUGGUCCAGGAAUGGAGGGGGUUCCCUGGGGUCUGGAGAAUGGAGGGGCCCUUGAGAGUGAAACGCAACCCUUGGAGGAACCCAGGCAGAGGGGCCAAGGAGGAGAGUUAGAGCGAGUUGCAGAUGUAGAGGACACACAGCCUAAAGAUGAAGAGGACGAGGAAGAAGAAGAGGCAGAUGAAGAACAACCCUUCAGACCUCUUACUGUGCCAGAGGGGCGCUUGGAGCAAGUGAAGUGGUUGUUGUCGUGGCCCUUAGGCUGCCUGCUGUACUACUCUGUCCCCAACUGUGUUUUGCCCCGCUGGGAGCGCUGGUUCAUGGUUACCUUUGUGGCCUCAACACUCUGGAUUGCCGUGUUCUCCUACCUCAUGGUGUGGAUGGUCACCAUUAUCAGUUUUACACUGGACAUUCCAGAUGUUGUCAUGGGUAUUACGUUUCUAGCAGCAGGAACAAGUGUCCCAGACUGCAUGGCUAGUCUUAUAGUUGCCCGUCAAGGUAUGGGAGAUAUGGCGGUGUCCAACUCAAUUGGCAGCAACAUCUUUGACAUUCUGCUGGGUCUUGGUUUCCCAUGGGCUUUGCGCACUCUAGUGGUUGAUUAUGGGUCAACGGUCUUCAUUAACAGUAAGGGGCUGGUGUACUCAGUGAUUCUUCUCCUUGCCUCUGUUUUUCUCACUGUACUGAGUGUGCACCUGAACCACUGGAGGCUGGACCGGAGGUUAGGCCUCGGGCUUAUGUUCCUGUAUGCCAUCUUCUUGCUCUGCUCCAUCUGCUUCGAGAAACUCUAGAUCCUGCUUUCCCUGUUUUGCUUAGCUGUAGGGUAGAUCUAGACCUAGAUAAGCAUAUUUUACCCCCAGUCACUGCCUUAUUAGUAGCGGUUAUUUCAGCCAUGGUUUGAGGUCAGAGCAGCGAACAUUACACGGCGACUCUGCUCCGGUCGGUUCGACACGCGGCUUUAAGCCAAUCACCCGCUAGACAGUGCUGCCAAACUCAAGGAGACUGUACUUCAUACUGUACCUCUGAAGUAUUUCUACUUAGCAUACAGAGCUUCUUUAAGAGAACAAAAAUCAUUUUCAAUUACAAGGUGUGAUGAAUUUAUACAAGCAGUAUUAAAUGUUUACAGCACACAGGACACUUCCUAUAGCCUCGCCUUUUGCAUAUUUCUAUUCUGAAAUCCUGUAAUCACAAUCGAGCAUGAUACGAAGAAAUAUAUGACAUUGCAAAAGCGUUUCUACUAAAAAGUGUUCCAUUAACUCUUAUAACAGAGAUCACUCAAUUUAUUGCAUUACUUUGCCUUAUUUAUUUUUGACUUUAGGCCUGUAAAAAUUUGUGCUUUAGGAUUUGAGGAUUUUCCAGUUUCAGUAUAUUUCAUUUUUGUGUUGUUCCUUGAAAAAGAAAAUAUUCUGGUAUUUUGGAGGACAUUUCUUGUAGUAUUACUGAUUAACCAAAAGCAUCCCCUGUCUUUGGUAAGUGUUUACAUACCAGCCAUACAUAGUUUUAUAUAAAGUGCCACUUAGAGGUGUCUGUUGCACAUUUUGAUAUGUUGUAAUAAUGUACUUUUGCGCCCUACUGCAACACUACGAAUACGAACAUGAGAAAAUAACAAUCAAUUAAAUCUUUAACAGUGUUUAUUGACAAAUAACUGCUUUAAACACAGGCCUUUAUCAUGUUCAAUGCACCAAAUGAAGAUGUUUGGAAUCUCAAUAUAGUUGUGAUCAUAUAUGCAUACUGUCUACAGGACAGAUAAUGAAUUAUAAUUAAUAUAAUUUAUAUUCAUAAACAAAGGCUUCCACUGAUUAAAGAAAUUAUUAAGUUAAAUUCUGGUACAGCAGUGUUUUAAUUGUUGUAAAGUUUCUUUAAAGUUAUUUUGACCUUUACAUCUUAUCCUGAUUAAAUGUGCUUGUUUUAGUUCUGGAUAUUUAUUUUUUAAAGACAUGUAUUUCUAAGUCCCGCACCGACAGUCAAAAUUUUGUUGCUUGUGGUUUGCAGUUCUCUUAGUACUAAUGAGCAAAAUGUAAAUGGUUUAAUUUGUCCAGAAGCUUUUCAUCUUACUACUCAGAAUAAAAAGUAUGUGUUAAUUAAAUUGAUGUGAGAAAUAAAAAUUUACAGCCCGACUGAGUAAACAUCUUCUUAUGCCGCUGGUUAACUGAAUGUUUCAGCUCAUCUUCCCUGUUUGUUUUCAUUUUAGACGUCACAACGAAGCAGCUCAUUUUUAUCUCACCAUUUGUUACAGUUCUGUCUAUAUUCUUAAAAGAUAUUUGUAUGUUGUUGAGUGCAAUAAAACAAGGUAUGUGCAAUACUCCACGUCGUCACUGUAAUGAGUCACAUGCAUUCUUCCCCUUGAACUUUAUGGAAGUGUCACAAAUAAAGUUUCAUUUUGUGAACUCA